CUUUUUUCUUAUCGAAAUCGAUAUAAACUGCACCACAAACUAGGUCAAAGGUAAGGCAAUAAUUUGCAUUCAGUUUAUGAUUUAUUCACAAAACCUUUGAUUAGAGAAAAGACUAGUCUCUUCGUAAUAACGAUUUGGGAAUGUGAAAUAUCCCCCUUUUCCUUCCUUAGCUUAUUCAUUCGAACUUCGAAGAAACUUGUCUGUGUCAUCAAGCUUUUUCGUUGGAAUUACUGAAUCUCGUUCCAAAUUUUCAACUUGAUUACAACAUUCACUCAUGCUUCGGUUUCUUUCAAUUGGGUCAAAAAAAAUUCACCAUUUGACAUUCACCACAGCAGUUAUAAAAGUUUUCCCAGUUUUUACGCCUGCCACCUAUUCGACGAAAGUCCCAGCUCAAAAUGAGGUUGAACUGCAAAAUGUUAAAGAUGAAUGGAAGGAUGCUACUGAAGUUUUGAGUAAAUGGGGAUGUGGUGAUGAUGAUUUGACGAGAAUAUUCACUCGUUGCCCGUCUUUGCGCAAUGCAGAUCCUUCUCAGGUUCAGUCGAAACUUCGCUUGCUCAGUGAUUUGGGUUUAGGGUCAGCUGAGCUUGUAAAGAUUAUCAAUUGUAGGCCUCGAUUUUUCAGGACUCGGCUUAACCAUAAUUUCGACGAGAGGCUUGACUCUCUUAUGUCAGUGUUUGACUCAAAGGCAAUGCUUCAUAAGGCCAUUGCAAGAAACCCUUCAUUGCUGUGUGAAAAUAGCUAUGACAUUGAACGUAUUGUUAAACAAUAUGAAGAGUUAGGUGUACCGAAAAGGGACUUGGUUCAAAUGAUGAUUCUGCGACCGACUGUUAUUUCGAGAACUUCCUUUGACGACGAGAAGAUGGAAUAUAUAAGUAGGAUUGGACUUUCGAAGGAUUCGAAAUUGUACAAAUAUGUGGUGACAUUAAUAGGCAUCUCUCGUGUGGAAACAAUUCGCGAAAAGGUGUUGAAUUUUACAAAGUAUGGUUUUUCGGAUGAUGAAAUAUUCUGUCUUUUUGGGAAGUCUCCUAAUAUUUUGACAUUGUCAAUUGAUAAGGUUCAAAGGAACAUGACUUUCAUUUUAGGCACAAUGAAGCUUGAAGCUAACAUAAUCUUUACGUACCCAUAUCUGUUGUUUUCAAAUAUGGAGACUGUUUUGAAGCCAAGAGUGCUUCUAGCAAUGAAGGUACAAAAUAUGGAUUCUAAUAUGAAAACACCCUCAAUACUUAGAGCAUUGAGGAUGUCCGAGGAGAGGUUUUUCAAUACGUUUGUCAGAUGCCAUGAUAAGGAAAUUGCUGAUGAGUUAAUGGAAUUUUAUAAAAGGACAAAACAGGUCAAGAGAUUAGCAGUUUCAUCAAGGAAUUGGACUACUAGAGGAUUCCCUUUCUGAACUACUUUUAUAUGCUUUGAAAUAAGUUUAGAGCUGAAUUUGAUUUCUAUUUUGUGAUGUGCUGCUAAGUUUUGAAGUGAGGAAAUAAUGUAGGAUUGAGAUGUUUGUUCAUCGUACAUAGCCCUCUCUUUACACCAUUGAAGUUGUGGGAUUAGUCCUUUAGGUACAGAGAUGAAAAUAAAUUCUUAGAAUAAUAAAAUUUUAUAAUUUAUAUUGAUAUCAUGAUAUGGAUGUAAUGUUGGUUGGUAUUACAAAUGACAAUGAACUAAUCCUUAUUUAUGCUUAUAUCAGUCUCAUUUCCCAAAUUAAAUUAGGAAGCAAAUAGAACUAUGAAAUCGAAUUGUGAAUGUUUAGGUAACUUUUGAUCAUUCAAUGGGGUUGGCUUAGAUGAAGCAUGUUAGGCAUGAAAGUGAGAACAGUAUGUACAAAUAUACUAUUUGGUGAUAGGUUCUUGGUUUGAUCUUUUGCUAAAAAUAUUCUCUCAGAGCGGAGUUAACUUGUUGUUCUGUUGAUCUCGAU